CGUGUAAAUUAUGUUGUAGAACAGAAAAUGGAUAUUUUGGAUCGAGUUGUUGUAAACCAUACGGAUCCAUCAUCGACACUUGUCGUACAACUUUGUGAAACGAUUGGAGAACAGAAUGAGACAUAUUUUACUAUUAUAACGAGAGAUUCAGAGGGAAGACAAAGUUAUAACAAGGAUGAUCACAUUAAGUGUGACAUUCGCACUUCAACUGGGGAUAGCUUGGAAACAGAUCUAGAGAUUGAAGACAACGAAGAUGGUAGUUACACAGUAAAAUAUACACCACAUCGGGCUGGAUUAUAUGAAUUGAAAAUUGAAGUUAAUGGACAGCCGCUGGAUCAAGGUCCAUGGACAGUUGAGGUCAUCCAUCAGUAUCAAUUUAAGUUUAAGUUUGGUUCAAGUGGCAACGGACCAGGACAAUUCAAUUAUCCUUCUGACAUUGCUGUUAGUGAGAAAACAGGAACUAUUGUGGUUUCUGACUUUAGAAAUAGAAGAAUUCAGCUCUUUAACUCCGAUGGGAGCUACCUGAGAGAGAUAGGAUUGGGUACUUCUUGUACAGCAUUAAGUUUUACCCAGGUCGGACACAUUAUUGCCGUUACUCCUGAUGAUGUUAAUAAGGUUCGUUUGUUUGCUGAGAACGGUAGUUUUGUCCAGUACAUUAAUAGUGCACACUUGGAGUGGCUUUUUCACAUAUCCACUGGAAAAGAUGAUUGCAUUACUGCUUGUGAUGGAAAAAAACAUGUCGUUGUUACCUCCCCGGAUGGAACAGAAUUACUGAAACGUUUCAGUGCCUCUGAACAUGAGGAAUCAGUAUGGUGCGCAAUCUAUCACGAGGAGAAAUUCUUUGUCUCUGAUCCUAAAGCUAGCCGUGUUGGUGUUUAUGAUGAGGACGGAAUGUUGCUAUACGAUAUUGGCAACGAGGGGUCUGGUAACGGCGAGCUAUGCCAUCCCAUAGGAGUUGCAAUUGACAAAUUUAGCAAUUUGAUCGUCUGUGAUACUGGGAACAGUAGAGUUCAAGUAUUCUCUUUGGACGGAAAAUUUGUCUCGACAAUUGGACAGUUUUCAUUUCAACCGAUUUGUGUUGCGGUGUCUAGUAAUGGAGAAAUUUUUUUAACUGGUUUUGGGACCAACAGUGUUCAUGUCUUUCACUAGAGCUAUUUUAAUCAGUUUUUCAGCGUUCAUUUAGUACACGAUUUUUUAAAUUUUUUUUAUUUAAUGAUUCACCCGAAGGUGGGUCUAAAUACAAUAGGACUCUAAGUCCCCUCCAAGAUAUUUACACCCUUAAUCCCAACCCCUAAAUUAUGCGAUGAGAAGCAUAAAAACAUUCUCUAGUUGAAAGGAAUAAAACUGCGAACAAUGAAGAGAUAAUAUUGUUUCGGCUGCGGUUCUUACCACAUUAAUGAAGUUAUGUCGAAAUCUCAGCCAAGUUUGCGUUUUGAAGCCGUUGCGCCGCAGUCGCUUUCCUAGCUCCGCAGAAAUCAAACCUGAAUUAAUUUUGCGUGAGCCCGAAAAACAUAUCCCUUUUCUAAAUUUUUGUAUGUUUAUCACGAUAUAGUGCAGUAGUAAUUAUGUAUAGUUGUUUGUUUCAAUAUGUAAUUUCUUCUGAUUUUUAUUGAUCACAAUAAUGAUGACUUCACGUGACUGACAAUUUUAUUUUCUUGUCAGCUUC